AUGUGGGGGGUUAGAGCAAUUAUCCCAGAAAAGUUCAAGCAGAAAUUACUUAUGAACCUGCACGACACUCAUUUAGGAAUGGAAAAGAUGAAGGCGUUGGCCCGAGAUCGUUUUUGGUGGCCAUCGAUGGACAGUGACAUCGAAAACGUGGCAAGAACUUGUGCACUAUGCAACUUGUAUGCUGCAAGAGAACCACAGAGAAAGUUCCUCAGUAAUUGGCCGAGAUGCACUGACCCUUGGACCCGUAUACACUUGGACUUCGCUGGACCUUUCCUUAAUAGUGUUUUUCUUUUGGCCGUAGAUGCAUACUCCGGUUGGCCAGAAAUUAUCAAGUUGAACUCUAUGACUACUACAGUAACAAUCAAACAAAUUAAGCUGUUAAUAUGCCGAUAUGGAAUCCCUAAAACCAUAGUGACAGACAACGGACCCUGUUUUACGUCCGUAGAAUUUGCACAGUUUUGUAAAGCAUUUGGAAUCGACCACGUAACCACUCCACCUUACCAUCCGUGUUCCAACGGACAAGUUGAAAAAUACGUCGGUACCAUGAAACAGGCGUUGAGAAAACUUUGCCAAGAACAAUCCCCUAAAGGUUUGGAAGCUGACUUUAACAACUUUUUAUUUAAGUACAGGUUAACACCACACAUAACUUCUGGAAUGUCACCUUCUGAGUUGUUUUUAGGACGUCAGCUAAGAUGUAUCUUAGAUUUAGUUCAACCCCAAAAAGGAAGUCAGAUUAAAACAGAAGAGGAAGAAAAUAAAGAAGAUAAAACAAAAGAGGAAGAGAAUAAAGAAGGAGCCACUACUAGCCUAAAAAAACUUCAAAAUAAAUGA